GGACCUCGCCAGAGCGGAAAAGACUAGAGCGGUCAACGUCCUUUUCUCUCGCAGAUCCCCUUUCUGUCGGCCGUCAUGUGGAUGUGAGCACAGAGAGUGACUGGCAGCAAAGAGAUGUGUGAUGAAAACCAGUCCUAAAGCAGGGCAAGGCCAAUCAGUUACUAUGAGCAGUGAGCUCAAUGUGCCGAUGGGCUCCCCCACGCCCGGGGGCUCAGACCGGCUGCAGGAAAGUGGCGGGAUGGACUACAGGGACUGGGUUCGCCGCAGCUAUCUGGAGUUGGUCACCUCUAACCACCACUCGGUCCAGGCUCUCUCAUGGAGGAAACUCUACCUCAGCAGGGCCAAGCUCAAAGCCUCCAGCCGAACCUCAGCCCUGCUGUCUGGUUUUGCCAUGGUGGCCAUGGUGGAGGUGCAGCUGGAGAUGCAGUAUAACUACCCACGGUUCCUGCUCAUUGCCUUUAGUGUAUGUACUACAGUGCUGGUGGCAGUCCACCUGUUCGCCCUCCUCAUCAGCACCUGCAUCCUGCCCAAUGUGGAAGCCGUCAGCAACAUCCACAAUCUCAACUCCGUCUCCGAGUCUCCCCACGAGAGGAUGCACCUCUAUAUUGAGCUAGCCUGGGGCUUUUCCACCGCUCUGGGGAUCCUUUUGUUCCUGGCAGAGGUGGUGCUCCUCUGCUGGAUAAAGUUCUUGCCGGUUGACUCUGGGGCGCAAUCCGCGUCAGCCCUCAAGCAGAACAGCAGCCCGUCUACGGUUCAGCCCGGCCACAGCGGCUGGCAGGCGGCCUUGGCCUCCACCAUCAUCAUGGUGCCGGUCGGAUUGAUCUUUGUGGUGUUCACCAUUCACUUCUACCGCUCGCUAGUGCGACACAAAACAGAGCGGCACCAUCAGGAAAUCGAGGAACUGCACAAAAUCAAGGUGCAGCUGGACGGCCAUGAGCGAGGCCUGCAGGCGGUGUGAGAUCCAGGGAUGCUCUUUGUUGACUCUUCAAGCUUUCAAGCACAUUAAAACUCCUUCUUGAGUCUUUUGGGCUUAUUUUCUGUUUUAUUCUGAGAGGAAAUGCCUGUUACCUGGUGGAAGGAUUACUCUUGUAGAAAUUGAGGAGGCUUUACAGCAAAAAACGGCGCACGUUUACAAAAUUUCAACCGCAAGGGCUAUUUAUUUUGUAUUUCUUUAGGCUGUAGGUCAUUUGGACGUGUUUUUAAGUGCAAUUUUCUUUUUCCAUGUUUCUAAAUACACAAAAAUGGAUGUCAUGGAGUGGCUUGCUUUAAUAUCAUUUGCCGGUUUCUCUUCCUUUUGCGGUGCCAUCCUGGAUCGAUAAGUGUGCCACAGAUAAUGAGACCAAAUUAGUUGGUCUUGGAUCCAUUAUAAAUCAGAGCUGCCAGAGUAUCUUUAACUGCAAUUUCCAGCUCUUAUAAUAUACAUGUAUGUUUGAGCUUCAGUUUAAAGUGAUAGUUCACCCAAAAAUGGAACAUUUUAUUAUCAUUUACUCACCCUCAUGUCGUUCCAGACCUGCAAGACUUGCUUUCUUCAGCACAAAAGCAGAUAUUUUGAAUUGCUUUUGUCCAUACAGUGAACGCCAGUGGUGUUCAAAACAGCAAUGGACUUUGUUGAUUUUCACUGUAUGAAAACAGCACAUCAGUCACUGUUUAGCAGAAGUAAGCAAGUGAUAACGGUUCAAGUGAGGGUGAGUACAUGAUGACUGAAUGUUCAUUUCCCUUUAAGUAAAAAAAAUAAUAAAAAAUGCGAUGCACCACAUAUACAGUAGUUUGUCUGUGUUUAAUAGUGAAUCUAUAAUACUGUAAUCUCUCAGCCUGCAGAAUUGUCGUCCCAAAAAAGGAUUCAUUUUAAAGCAGUUACAGACGUAUCGCUCGUACUAGGCCUAUAUGUAGUGCAGUAUUUUUAGCUUGGGUGUGAAAUCUAGACGCUUUAGCAAGACUCACUGCGCGCUUGUAUUUCAUUGAAGGUUUUGCAUGUGUAAUUUAAUGCACUGUCACUUGUUUUUGUCCAUUUUUCAGACAAGGCCUAUUGAAUGUUAUUCUUGUGGGCUACUAGAAGUUUACAUUGUCAUGUCAAUAAAGUCAAUGAUGAUUUGCUCCAACAAAUUACUUUUAAUGGGCACAGUAAGUUAUAAAAAUACUUGAGAAAGACAAAAUGCUUUGCAGAGCUGAAAUUGUUUAAUGUGAACUGAGUUGGCAGUCAUAUCGUCACGCUGAAAAUACCGUCUGGUAUUUAUGUAACAAGUCAAUUUGAGGAAAACAUUCCAGGGGGAAAAGAAGUCAGACCAAAUUCUGCCUGCCUUAAAAAAAACUAAACUGACAAAAGUGCACUUGUAGUAUUAGGUCAUGGAAAUGAUGUGUCCGGUUUGUUUUUAGAGUAUGCAGACAGAUUUCAUCUGCUGUAGGUCUUUCAGAAUGCAGAGUUAUAGUUUGUUGCUUCAUUUCAUGCCUUAAGCAUUAAUUUAAUUCAAUAGUAAGUUCAUGAGUCGACUCUGUAAUAAGACAUAGUGAAGCACCACUCUUUAUACAGUUGCACUUGCAGUGUGAAUGCUCAAACACAAACACACUUGACCAAAAUUGUGUACUCUGCUUAUGGGGGCUUUAAAAAGCACUACGCUUUUUGUGUGUGUGGGAAAAUACUUUUAGUAUCAUUUUUGAUACUUCUGUUGUAUUGUGCCAUACUGUUAUCUUAUAUAUAAACGCAUAUCUAGUGUGAAACGUGUCCAGAACAUGUAGCCGACUAUUAUCAAAACAUUUUGUUGAGCAUGUCCUUUCACACUCUGUCUGUACUUGUAUGUUAAUUUAUGUCAAAUAAACACAACCUGUAUUGUUUACUUCAGAAUUUUACCA